GAAUCUCUGAUGAGUCUGAUCUUCUUUAGUCUUCAAUCUUCAUCACUCUUUGCUUAGGGUUCGCCGCAGGGGAGGGGGAGAGUAGAUCAGACUGCCGCUGCUCAUCACUCAUCGUCACCAGACACUGCUGCUGCUCAUCACUCACUGCCCACUGCCGCCGCUGCCCACUGCUCAGUCAUUUGCUGCUACUUACUGCUCAGGCUGGAGUCUAGUCAAUACGAUGAAAAUCAGUAGUUCCGAUUCUCAAAUUUCCUCCAAUAUAGUCAAGAAAGUAGAUUGUAGGCCCAAAUUUCAAUUUCGACUGCUUAACCUUUUGAAUUUUUUUAUUGUAAAUAUAAGAAUAAUACUCAAUUAAUGUCCAUCUUUUCAGCGUUGCCUUUGAGCGUUGGCAAGAGGAGACUUGUUUUUUCCAAUGGAUAUUUUAUCCUUUGUUGGAAGUUCUCUUUUAUCUACUAUAUAUGACACGCUAUCAGAAAAGUUGAAAGAUUAUCUAAGUGAUCAGCUAUGGAAUUCAGAAGAGGAAGUACAUCCCGAGAUGGAACACUGGAAGAUUCUAUUGCCCAAAAUCACUGCUGUACUUCAACAUGCAGAAGACAAUCAAGUUGCCAACCAUUUCGUGAAGUUACAUCUUGAUGAUCUCAAGGACUUGGCUUAUGAUAUGGAUGACAUACUUGAAGAGUUUGUGAUUGAUGCCAAGAGGUCCAAAUUGAGUGCAGAAUCUAAAGCCAGACCCAGCAAGCUUCAAAAAAUCAUGAAUGUCUUUUUUGGAUAUAGAGCUAAGCCUACUCCGAAGCUUGAUUCCAUGGUGAAUGUUUUGAGUGCUAGAUUGCAGAAAAUUCAUGAUGGGAUGCGUAGUUUGGACCUAGCCAAUUUGGAUUUGAAACUUGAAGAUAAUUCUCACAAAGUAGCUGCAAAAAGACUACCUGAGUCUUCUCUUCUUGAAGACAUCGUGUUGGGUCGAGAAAGUGAUAAAGAAGCUAUUCUUCAGAGGUUGCUAGAAGAUGGAGGUAAUCUCAAACAAGACUUUGUUAUUCCCAUCGUUGGAAUGGGUGGACUAGGGAAGACAACUCUUGCUCGGCUCAUCUACAAUGACAAAAGAUUGGAAGGCAAGUUUGACUUGAAGGCAUGGGUUUGUGUUUCUGAUGAGUUUGAUGUUGCUCGAAUAACAAGAAACAUUUUAGAACAUGUAACCAAGAAAAGGCCUGAUUUUGAAAAUUUUGCUUUGAUUCAAGAGGAAUUGAAAGGGAAGUUAUCUGGGCACAAGUUUCUUCUAGUAUUAGAUGAUGUUUGGAAUAAGGAAUAUGGCCAGUGGGAUGUCUUGAAGAGACCUUUCAUGUCAGGAGCUCUUGGAAGCAAAAUAAUUGUCACAACUCGAAAUCAGUAUGUUGGGAUGAUGAUGAGAGGAGAUGAUGGAGUUUACAAUUUAGAAUUGCUACAUGAUGAUGUUUGUUUGCCAUUAUUUACACAGCAUGCAUUGGGGGAAGAGAACUUUGAUACACACCCAGAGCUACAAGAUGUUGGUGAGAAGCUUGUUAAGAGGUGCAAAAGAUUGCCAUUGGCACUGAAAACCCUUGGUGGUGUCUUGCGGGGAAAACUACGUAGUGAUGAGUGGGAAAAUAUAUAUAAUAGUAAUAUAUGGAAUUCAUCAGAAGAUAGAAGUGAAAUUCUUCCUACUUUAAGAUUGAGCUAUAAUCAUCUUCCUUCUUACUUGAAGCGAUGCUUUGCUUAUUGUGCUUUGUUCCCUAAAGACUAUGAAUUUGAUGAAAUGGAGUUGGUCCGAUUAUGGAUGGCUGAGGGCCUAUUACAACAACAACCACAUGGAAGGAAGCAAAUGGAAGCUGGUAAACAAUAUUUCCAAGAGUUGUUAUCAAGAUCACUCUUUCAACUGUCAAGCAGAGUUAAAUCGCGGUUUGUGAUGCAUGACCUCAUAAAUGAUUUAGCUGUAGAUGUUGCUAGAAAAAUAUAUUGCAAUCUUGGAAGUAGCAUGGGUGAUGAAAAAUUAGAGAAGGCUCGUCAUUUGUCAUUCACUCCACACAUCUUUGAAUUCUCAGAAAGAUUCAGACUCUUGGAUGAAUUGAAGCAUUUUAGAACAUUCUUGCCGCUAAGAGCACUCAAUGACAAUGGGAGGAUCUCCUUUUUGUCUGACGAAAUCUUGCAUCAUUUCCUACCAACUUUAAAUCGCUUAAGAGUGCUAUCUCUUUGCAGCUAUCAAAUAAGUAAGCUACCAGAUUUUGUUGAAAAAUUGAAACAUAUUCGGUACAUUGAUUUGUCUUGUACAAAAAUCAAAUGUCUACCUGAAUCAAUGGAUUCUCUUGUCUUCUUGCAAACAUUGUUAUUAUCUGAUUGUGAAGAGCUUUCUGAGCUGCCUCCAACGAUUGGAAAUCUGAUUGAUCUUCUUCAUCUUGAUAUCUCUGAUACACCAUCUUUAGAGGAGAUGCCAUCAGGAAUAGGCAAUCUUAAAAAUCUUGUAACAUUGUCCAAAUUUAUUGUGGGGAAGGCAAGUGGAACGAUGAUGAGAUUAUCUGCUUUGAAGAACUUGUCACAACUUCGAGGAAGACUGUCUAUUUUAGAUCUGAAAAAUGUUUUGCAUGUUCAAGAUGCUGUGGAGGCCAAUCUAGACAAGAUCCAUGGUUUGGAAGAGUUAGUCUUGGAGGGGUGUUGGACUGCUCCUGACAAUGAUCGAGAUGAAUCAGUACUCAGCUGGUUAAAACCUAAUUCAAAUUUGAAAAGUCUCAAAAUUUCUUACUAUGGUGGCAGGAGUUUCCCAAACUGGGUUUGUGAUCCAUUAUUAUUUUUGAAUUUAUCAUCCAUGGAGCUUAGCUGUUGUGAUAGAUGCACUUUGUUACCCUCACUUGGCCGACUACUUGUUCUCAAAAAUUUGGUUAUUAAAGGGAUGAAGGCAAUAGAAGCAGUAGGUUCUGAGUUUUAUGGGGGACAAGGCUGUUUUCCAUCACUAGAGGAAUUGGUGUUUGAAGUCAUGGAAAAUUGGAAGGAAUGGACUUCUCCAAAUGGAACUGAACGUGAAUUCCCUUGUCUUCGUAGGCUUGUGAUUGAUUAUUGCCCUAACUUGUUAGGCCAAUUACCUAGCAACCUUUCUUCACUUAAAGAGUUGGAUGUUGUUGACUGUCAGGCGAUGCUUUUGAAGAGUAUGGUUGAUCUCACUUCACUCGCUAAAUUUAAAAUUCUGCGAAUUUCAGAACUGACUUGCUUGCCAAAGAGUUUAAUACAGUCCUUGACAACACUUGAGACUCUGGAUAUUGAGAGUUGUGAGGAUCUUGCUUGUCUGUGGGAGGAAGGGGCAGAAAUAGAGCAAAACCUCUUGCCUUUCAAUCUUAAGCAUCUUACCCUUCGGGAAUGUGGAGCUUUGGAGUCAUUACCCAAUGCUAUUAUGAUGAGGAUGGAUGAAAGCAGUAGCAGCAACAGUAGUAUGUUGAUGUUGAGAGUGGAAAGGUUGGAAAUUGAUUGUUGUCAUUCUCUCAAGUCUUUUCCAAGAGGCAAAUUACCCAUCUCGCUUAAACAUUUGAAAAUAACAAGCUGUGAAAGUCUUGAGUCUCUACCAGAUGUUGAUGGUGACAAUAAUAAUUGCAAUCUACAUUUGGAAGUAGCAAAUGUUCCAUGCUUGUAUUCUUCUGAGGAUUGUGAUCAGCCACCAGCUUUUCUCAAGAAAUUUGGAGUUAGAUACUGCGACUCGUUGGAAUCAUUUCCAGAAAGGAUGCUGCAGCGUUGUACAGGACUCCAAUCUCUUAGUAUUUACGACUGUAAAAUAUUGAAAAGUUUACCCGCCCUUGAUUGCGUCAGCAAUCUCGUUGAAUUAUCUAUUCACCGCUGUGAAGCUUUAGCGUCCUUACCAGAAGAGUUGGGAUUAUGCACCCCCAAUCUGAAGGAUUUGAAAAUAUUCAACUGUAUGAAUUUCAAAUCGCUUCCAAAUACGAUGUAUCAGCUGAAAUCUCUUCAAAUUCUAUGGAUGCAAAAGUGCCGUGGCGUCGAGUUCAUUCCAGAUGGGGGUUUGCCCCCAAACUUAAUAGAGCUUCAAUUGUGGUGUAAGAAUCUCAAGCGGCUGCCAAAUACAAUGUACCAGCUCACAUCGCUUCAGCAUCUAGUAGUCGCAGGUGGGGCUUUGAUGUCUCAGGAUAUUGUGCUGCCUUCUUCUUUAACCUGGCUUCAGAUGGAGUCUGAAGAAAAUUUGGAAUCCAUACCUAGGGGGCUCUUCCAAAACCUAAGCUCCCUUCAAGUGUUACGGAUAGCUAAUUGGCCGAAGCUACAAUCUUUGCCAAGGGAAGCCUUCCCUCCCUCACUUGGGCGACUAUACAUCAGCGGGUGUCCGCAUCUAAAACGACAGCGCUUUGAGGAGAAAGGAGGCUAUUGGACUCUCACCUGGGCCAUCCCAGACAUUUUGAUACAUGAGUAUGCGUGUGAGAGUAUUUUCUUGUGAGCUAGCUACAACUAAUUGAUGAGGUAAACAAAGCCAAGCCACUCCUCAAUGUUACUGAUUAUUUUGAAAGGGAAUGAGUGGUUGGCCUUGGCAUUAUGGAAAUUCACAACCACCAACGAGCUUGCUGCUUGCAAAAUGAUGUUCUUAGGCAAGCCAACCAAUUUCAAUUUUAAAUUCAAUUACUGCAGGGAAGACUUUUGAAACUAGGAUUUGUUGAUGUUCAAAUGAGAUUUUUCUGUAAGCUAGAAUUGGAAUGCGGAUCAUCUUUACUGAAUUAAGCAAGCUUGUAAUCUAACUAAGCCAAGCUGCAGUUUUUGGAGUUUUUUAUUUAGGAAAGCAGAACUUACCUAGUAAAUAUCCAAACUACCUCUUUAAAAUUUUAUUGUGAUGCCUAUUUGGCUUGCUAUUGUUGUUGUUUAGGACAAGGAAUCAAAACUGAUAUAUCAGGCUAUCUCUAUAUUUAAGUUUACUUCAGCAAAGUUAUACAUUUUGAUGAUCUACUAGUCUAUUCCUCUGCUACCUAUGAUGUUAGCUACCUUAGAAUUAAAUGAUCAUUUCCGUUGCUUCCUUCUCCUGAUUAAUACCUAUUGGUUGCAUUGAAGACUGUCUAAAUUACUUCUUUGCCUUUGAUUUUCCUAAUUUCCCAUCCUUUUUUCAUGUUCCCAGUUGCUUGUGUAGAGGACAUUGCAAAAUCUUGUUAGGCCUUUGUAGGACCCCUUUGUUUUGUGACUCCCUUUUCCCUUUUAUGUCCCAGAAGUUAUGAGCAUACUCUAAAUUGUAGGGGUACUGCUUGUACCCCGUUUAAUAAUUUCAUAUGCUGAUGAAAAAAUAGAAAUGUCAUGUGCUU